GAAGAUAAAAACUAAACGGAGAAGACAAACAAAACAACGAUGCCGAAGAAGAAGCCGGCGAAACAUUCCGGCGACGAUGACAUCACCAUUCCGGUAUCACCACAAACCGGAUCUUCUGAUACUUGGUGGUGGUUAGCACAUAAAGGAACCACCACUUCAUUUCUCUGCAUCUCCCUCUUCGCAUUACUGAUCCGAUCUGCUGUAUCAAUGUAUCCAUACUCCGGCGCCGGAAUUCCACCUAAAUUCGGCGAUUUCGAAGCUCAAAGACAUUGGAUGGAGAUAACCACAAAUAUUCCAGUUAUCGAUUGGUAUAGAAAUGGCACUUACAACGAUCUCACUUACUGGGGAUUAGAUUAUCCUCCUUUAACUGCUUAUCAAAGUUACAUCCAUGGAAUCUUCCUUCAAAUCUUCAAUCCUGAAUCUGUUGCUCUUCUAAGCUCUCGUGGUCACGAGUCUUAUCUUGGAAAAUUGUUGAUGAGAUGGACAGUUUUAGCGUCUGAUGUUCUCAUAUUUUUCCCAGCUGCUCUGUUUUUCGUGUUGGUGUACCAUAGGAAUCGAAUUAGGAGUGGUAAGAGUGAAGUGGCGUGGCAUAUUGCUGUGAUUCUCUUGAACCCUUGUUUAAUCCUCAUUGAUCAUGGUCAUUUUCAGUAUAAUUGUAUCAGCUUGGGACUUACAGUCGGUGCUAUUGCUGCGGUACUUUGUGAGAGCGAGGUUCUCACUUGUGUUUUGUUCAGUCUAGCUCUUAGCCAUAAACAGAUGAGUGCAUACUUUGCUCCUGCCUUUUUCAGCCAUCUACUGGGUAAAUGCCUAAGACGGAAAAGCCCAGUACUUUCUGUGAUUAAGCUUGGAACUGCAGUCAUAGUGACAUUUGUUAUUGUUUGGUGGCCAUAUCUGCAUUCUUUGGACGACUUCUUAAUGGUUCUCUCCCGUCUUGCUCCAUUUGAGAGGGGAAUAUACGAGGAUUACGUGGCAAAUUUCUGGUGCACUACUUCCAUACUCAUAAAAUGGAAAAAACUCUUCACAACACCAUCCCUCAAAUCUAUUAGCUCAGCUGCAACUGUAUUGGCUUCUCUCCCUUCAAUGGUCCAGCAAAUCUUGUCACCAAGCAAUGAAGGUUUCCUAUAUGGCUUGCUCAACAGUUCAAUGGCUUUCUACAUGUUUUCCUUCCAAGUGCAUGAGAAAUCAAUCCUGAUGCCUUUUCUCUCUGCAACACUAUUAGCUCUCAAACUCCUGAACAUUUCAGUCAUUUAACCUAUUACGCUCUCUUCUCGAUGUUCCCUCUCCUUUGCCGUGACAAACUCUUGAUC